AACAUAGAAAUUAACCGAAAGAGAUGUGCGAGUUUAAUACUAGUAUUCAUCAUCAUCAUCAUCAGCUCAGCUGUGCGCCAUUCUUCAUGUCGACGUGGUCAGCCUCGGACUCAGUCUUCCACACUCAGUCACAUACCAAACCCCAACUCACCCCAUCUCAAGCUCUUUGGUUUGUUUUUACAAUUUUCUUUUUACUACAAAUUUCGCCCACCAACACUGCAGGGAACAGGUUGUUCAUUUGAGGUUUAUCUUCUUGUCCAAUUAGCUAGCUUAUCCAGUAACCUAAAGAAGGGCGGCUUUUGGAAUUCUAAAAACAAAAACUCCCAGGCGGUCUGGGUUUGUUUCAAAACUCUGCAGAGUUUCGCAUUCCGAGGAUGCCUACAUCAAGGGCAUGGCCAUGGACACUAGGAGCUGUCUUUCUUAUGUGGCUCUUUGGAUCCUCUUUACUUGUCGGAGCUCAGGAUGGCAUCACGCACCCAGAUGAAGUCAGGGCAUUACGAGCCAUCUGGAGAACUUUGAUUGAUCCUAAUAGGAAUUUGAGUAAUUGGAAUCGAGGAGACCCAUGCACAUCCCGUUGGACAGGGGUGUUGUGCUUUAAUGGAACUCAGGAUGAUGGCUAUCUACAUGUUAGAGAACUGCAACUAUUGAAUAUGAAUCUCUCAGGACACUUAUCACCGGAGCUUGGCCGCUUAUCUCGCUUACGGAUAUUGGAUUUUAUGUGGAAUAACAUAACUGGAAGUAUACCAAAUGAGAUUGGCAAUAUUACAUCCUUGGAACUCUUGCUCCUGAAUGGAAACCACUUGACGGGUUCUUUGCCUGAAGAAAUUGGUUAUCUUCCAAAUUUAGACAGAAUACAAAUUGACGAGAACAGGAUAUCUGGAGAAUUACCCAAAUCAUUUGCAAACUUAAACAAAACAAAGCAUUUUCACAUGAACAACAAUUCAAUCAGUGGGCAAAUUCCACCUGAACUCGCCAGAUUACCUUAUCUUGUUCACUUCCUUCUGGACAAUAACAAUUUAUCCGGGCAUCUUCCACCAGAGCUAUCCAGAAUGCCGAAUUUAACUAUCCUUCAACUGGAUAACAACAACUUUGAAGGGACUACAAUUCCAGAUUCCUAUGGAAACAUGUCUAAAUUAUUGAAACUGAGCCUCAGGAACUGUAAUUUGCAAGGACCAAUACCUGAUCUAAGCAGGAUACCCCAACUUGGUUAUUUAGACCUUAGUUCAAAUCGGCUUAAUGGUACCAUACCUACAAAUCAACUGUCACGGAAUAUCACAACCAUUGACUUAUCCAACAAUGAACUUACUGGAAGCAUUCCUGCCAGCUUUUCGAGCCUACCUAUUCUUCAGGAACUGUCACUUGCCAAUAAUUCAUUGAAUGGUUCCAUUCCAUCCUCCCUAUGGCAGAACAAGACUUUGAAUGCAAACGAAAGUCUUAUUGUGGAUUUGGAGAACAAUAAGUUUACUGAUAUUUCAGGCAGCACUGAUCUCCCUCCAAAUGUCACUCUCUGGCUCAAAGGGAACCCUGUCUGCACAAAUAACAGUUUAAGUUUACCCCAGCAAUGUGCAUCCCGCAAUGAUAAUACCAGAAGUCAGUCUGGAACAAACUCCACUGGUCACUGUCAACCUCAAUCGUGCCCCUUCCCUUUUGAAUAUUCACCUACAUCUAACAUUUCUUGCUUUUGUGCUGUACCUCUUCCUGUUGUAUAUCGGUUGAAGAGUCCUGGCUUUUCAGAUUUUGUUCCAUAUAUAAAUAGCUUUUCGGAGUACCUUACUACUGGGCUUGAAUUGGAUUCUGAUCAGCUAUAUAUUGGUUCGUUUGAAUGGGAAAAAGGACCUCGAUUGAAAAUGAACUUGAAGCUCUAUCCUGUUUAUAAUGCCAGUAACAACAGUGGUAAUAUGUUCAAUGGAAGUGAGGUUCAACGAAUCAGGGGAUUGUUCACAGGAUGGAAUAUUCCUGAUAGUGACAUAUUUGGUCCAUAUGAACUUAUCAACUUCAAUUUACCAGACAUCUAUAGAGGCGCUGUCGUCCGCACUUCAGGAUCUGGUGUCAGUACGGGUGCAUUGAUUGGUAUUGUACUUGGGGGCAUUGCUGUUGCUGUUACAUUAUCUGCAGUCGUGACACUCUUAAUCUUGAGAGUGCGUUUGAGGAACUACCGUUUAGUUUCAAAACGUCGUCAAACUUUGAAAUCAUCAAUUAAGAUAGAUGGUGUCAAGAGUUUCACUUACACGGAAUUGGCCACAGCAACAAACAAUUUUAACAGUUCUACUCAAGUUGGCCAAGGUGGGUACGGAAAGGUUUAUAGAGGCACUUUGGCUGAUGGCAUGGUAGUAGCCAUCAAACGUGCACAAGAGGGAUCAUUACAGGGUGAAAGGGAGUUCCUUACUGAAAUUCAAUUAUUGUCAAGAUUACACCAUCGGAACCUUGUAUCUUUGAUUGGAUAUUGUGAUGAAGAAGGCGAGCAGAUGUUGGUAUACGAGUUUAUGCCAAAUGGCACUCUGAGGGAUCAUCUUUCUGCUAAGUCUAAAGAACCUCCGAAUUUUGCAAUGAGAUUAAAAAUUGCCCUUGGUUCAGCCAAGGGAAUCCUCUACCUACACACUGAAGCUGAUCCUCCCAUAUUCCAUCGAGAUAUCAAGGCCAGCAACAUACUAUUGGAUUCGAGGUUCAUAGCAAAGGUUGCUGAUUUUGGACUAUCAAGACUUGCUCCUGUUCCAGAUAUGGAAGGGGCAGUGCCUGCUCAUGUAUCUACGGUUGUAAAGGGGACACCAGGUUAUCUCGACCCUGAGUAUUUCUUAACGCAUAAGUUGACAGACAAGAGUGAUGUAUAUAGCCUAGGUGUUGUAUUUCUGGAGCUUUUGACUGGGAUGCAGCCAAUCUCACAUGGAAAAAACAUUGUUCGAGAGGUUAAUGUUGCAUAUCAUUCUGGUAUGAUAUUCUCAGUGAUCGAUGGGAGGAUGGGUUCUUAUCCUUCAGAAUGCGUGGAGAAGUUUGUGACAUUGGCCCUCAAAUGUAGCCACGAUGAGACAGAUGGUAGGCCUUCAAUGGCAGAUGUGGUUCGUGAACUUGAAAAUAUAUGGGCAAUGAUGCCAGAGUCAGACGUGGGAGUCUCGGUAUCCAUUGACACUGCAGCUGAAAAGAUGACUCCACCAUCCUCUUCAUCAUCAUCAUCAUUGGUGAAGAAUCCCUAUGUGUCAUCGGAUGUUUCUGGUAGCGACCUUGUCAGUGGAGUCAUUCCCUCCAUCACACCUAGAUGAAUGAAGAUGGAAGCUAUUUUGUUGUGAAAUUUGGACCAUCAACAGCUACUUUGUUGGUUCCUGAUAUGAAGCAUGAUAUGUAGAUAAGUCACAUGUUUAGAUUGUCUUUUUGUUAGAUAGCUUAUUUACGUUAUAUGCUCUUAAUAAUGCUCUCUUCUGCUUUGCUCCUUUGCUAACCAAUAUUAUCAACACUAUUGUUAGGAAUAGAAAAAUGCUACUGAAUGAAUGUGCAUUAUUCAUUCAUCA